AUGACCAGAGGAAGUUCUCUCGCUAAUGACUUGCGACUCGCAUUAAAUAAUCCACGGUAUAGCGACUUAAAAAUAUUAUGUGAAGAUAGUAAGGCGGGAGAAGAGGGCGAACAAGUUCUAUAUGCGUCCAAAAUGAUCUUGGCCAUUCGUUCCGAGAUGCUUGACCGUUUACUCUAUAACGGGAUGAAAGAAACAUCACAGGACGAGAUAACUUUUCCGACAAUAAAAUUGGCCGCAAUGCAAGUUAUUCUAGAGUUUCUUUAUACGGGUAGUAUCUCGGAUGGCGCAUUGACAAUUGAUAAUGUAAUGGAAUCUUAUCACGCUGCUGAUUAUUUUACGUUGCCUGAUUUACAGGAAACCAUCUUGGCAUUUGCGCAGAAAAUAAUUCAGGAAAGUGAUGUUGAUAUGGCCGCGAGUCUUUUGUCCGUCAUUGCACAAAAAAUGACUUCGUCGAACGAUAAUAAGCUAUUUAAACUGUUGAGUAAACGUGUUGCCACAACCCCCUUAGAUUCGAUUAGUUAUAAUCAGCUGAAUUCAAGUGCGCUUGAAGUAUUAUUGCAACAAACGUUAGAUGACAAACAAGAAUAUUUUGCUACAACUGAAUAUGGAGUAAUUCGAUAUCUCGUCUUGUGGGCUGCAAAUCAAAUUUCACCUGAUGCUGUCACAUAUUUUAAUACAAGUUUACCGCCACCAAAUACAAUCGAUCAGGUAAUUUCGAAAUCAGCGCCAGAAAGAGGCGAUGAAGAUGAAAUCGAUCCACAAUUAACACAAUAUCAACCAUUAAUUAUCAAAAGUUUGUCACCAAUAAUUCGUCACGUUGAUUUUAGAUUAAUUCACGCGGAUAUACUGGCAAAUGUAAUAGAACCAUUACAAAUAGUACCAGCAGAUAAAUUAUUAAAAGCCUAUCGGUUCCACUCAAUUAAUCAAGUACUUCGCUCUACUAAACGAGGGAUACCAUUCUUCCGGUGGGAUCAAUCGGCAAUUGGUCCAAAUUUAAUAGUUAGUAAAGAUGGAACUGUUGUUGAAGCUUCACCAAGUUUGGGAAUCCAUGAAUCUGCUCGGGCUACGGAACCGAUAUCAGGCACAGGAAACUACGAAUGGGAUGUCGUUAUUGAGGAGAAUUGCGGAUAUGCCUGGGUCGGCUUAUGUGCCGCGGAAGGCGUUAAUCUCGCAGUUUUUUUAGGUGGACAGGCAACUGGAUGGGUAAUGGGUUCAUCGGGAUCUGCUUAUCAUGGAAAUAUGGCGACUCCGUAUGGAUCAAUAUUUGAUAAAGGAUCUACUGUAACCGUUCAUUUGGAUAUGACAAAUAGGACUGUAGCAUUUUCGAUUGAUGGUGUUCGACAACCAAUUGCUUGGACUGAUAUCCCAUCGAAAGUUUAUCCUGCUGUUUCAUUAAAUGCUCCGGGUAGAUUUCGUAUUAAACCACAUGUAUAA